ACAAAAGGCGAAAAUAUUAAACACGCCCUUUCACUCUACCCGGUAAAGGCAGAAAGAGAAAGGAAGUGAAGAAGGCAAAAGUGUUCCUUUUUUUAACAUCUUAGUUUUAGUAUUUUUAUAAAAAUCGUAAGAGUUAUAGUGUAGUCAAUAAUAUCUAUGGCGUUAAAGAGAAUACAAAAGGAGCUGAAUGAUUUGCAGCGUGACCCACCUGCACAGUGUUCAGCUGGGCCAGUUGGUGAUGAUUUGUUUCAUUGGCAAGCAACUAUAAUGGGACCUACUGAAAGCCCAUACCAGGGAGGAGUCUUCUUUCUCACAAUUCACUUUCCAACAGAUUAUCCUUUUAAACCACCAAAGGUUGCAUUCACAACAAAGAUAUAUCAUCCAAAUAUAAACAGCAAUGGAAGCAUAUGUCUUGAUAUCCUAAGGUCACAGUGGUCACCAGCUUUAACAGUAUCAAAAGUUUUGUUGUCCAUAUGUUCAUUGCUCUGCGAUCCAAAUCCUGAUGACCCUUUAGUACCUGAAAUUGCACAGAUAUAUAAAUCAGACAAAGACAAUUUUACCUGUAACUCCCGGGUUGCAACUGAGAUGGGUCCUUUAUGGAUCAGCCUAGUAUCCCAGUCAACAAACUUAAUAAACAAAUUUAUUGGCACAAGUUCAGUGUUGCGGUGGUGUUCAAAUGACUCAAAAGUACUUAACCAUCCCAAACGACCCGUGUCUGCCUACUCACACUUCUUCAGAGAGAAGCAUCCCAUAUUUCGUAAACAGAAUCCAGAUAUUAGAAGUACCGAAUUAAUGAAAAUUAUUGCUGUGGCUUGGAAAGAGCUUUCACUUGAGCAAAAACAGGAACUGACAGAGUUAGGAAGACCAAAGAGAUGUAGAUCUCCUUUUAACAUUUAUAUGUCAGAACACUAUCAAGAAGCUAAAGGAGCCAGUGUUCAGGCAAAAUUGAAGACUUUGUUUGAAGACUGGACUAAUCUUGAUGAUGCACAAAAGCAGUUAUAUAUUCAACUAGCAGAAGAUGACCAAGUACGCUACCGAAAUGAGAUUGAGUCGUGGGAGGAACAGAUGAUAGAGCUAGGACGUGAAGAUCUUAUUCGUAAGGCACAGCAAAGAAUGCUCAGAAAGAAAGGUCGGGUGAAAGGAGGCAUAUCUGUAAUCAGAACUAUUUCUACAGAGGGAAGAAGGUCAACAAAGGCUGUAAAGUCAGAUAAAUCCACGUCUUUUAAAACUGUGAAAUCUUCUACAACAGUUAAUGAAGAAUAAGACAGUUUUGCUUAUUUAUUAAUAAAAGGAAAAAACAUGCAUCAGUGAAGAUAUUGCAUUAAAGGGAGGUGUAUUUAGCCACUGUCAA